GCGGGAGACUGGCUGCGGGUCGCGAUGCCGUACGCCAACCAGCCAACCGUGCGCAUCACGGAACUCACCGAGGAGAAUGUCAAGUUCAUUAUCGAGAACACGGACCUGGCGGUGGCCAACUCCAUUCGGAGGGUCUUCAUCGCCGAGGUGCCCAUAAUAGCCAUCGACUGGGUUCAGAUUGAUGCCAAUUCCUCAGUCCUUCACGAUGAAUUUAUUGCUCACAGGCUUGGCCUAAUCCCCCUCACUAGUGAUGACAUUGUGGACAAGCUGCAGUACUCCCGGGAUUGUACAUGUGAAGAGUUCUGCCCUGAGUGUUCUGUGGAGUUCACUCUUGAUGUGAGGUGCAACGAAGACCAGACGCGCCAUGUUACCUCUCGAGAUCUCAUCUCCAACAGCCCCCGGGUUAUUCCAGUGACAUCCCGGAACCGGGAUAAUGACCCCAAUGACUAUGUGGAGCAGGAUGACAUCCUCAUCGUUAAGCUGAGGAAAGGCCAGGAGCUGAGACUUCGAGCCUAUGCCAAGAAGGGCUUUGGCAAGGAACAUGCUAAGUGGAACCCUACCGCCGGGGUGGCUUUCGAAUAUGAUCCUGACAAUGCACUAAGACACACAGUGUACCCCAAGCCUGAGGAAUGGCCAAAGAGCGAGUACUCCGAGCUGGAUGAGGAUGAGUCACAGGCUCCCUAUGACCCCAACGGCAAGCCCGAGAGGUUUUACUACAAUGUGGAGUCGUGUGGCUCACUGCGCCCUGAAACCAUUGUCCUCUCAGCCCUCUCUGGGCUAAAGAAGAAGCUGAGUGAUUUACAGACUCAGCUGAGCCAUGAGAUCCAGAGUGACGUGCUCACCAUAAACUAGCUGCAGCUUGCCUGCUGCCGAAGACUAGGUUCAAGGUGGCUGCCUUUCAGGUCUUGUGAGCACUUCUGGCUUCUGUGCUUUGGACUGCAGUUGCUCAAGCUGCCUCCUUGAAGGUCAUUGGAGAGAUUGCCAGGGGUUCCACUGGUGUCAGACAAAGCAGUUUUUAUUAGGAGGUGGUUAGCAUCCUUGGCCUGACCUUGUUGGUCACUGUGAUAUUCCUCAGAAUCCCAGGUACCCCUUCCAACCUGUUUCCUAGCUCACUAGUAGGGGGCUUUGUUGCUUUCUAGUUGAGAGUCACUGAGCUAGACAUGUGGUCACUAAAGCUUUUAAAAUCUUUUCUCCCCAAGGGAAGGAGUUUUCACAGCCUUUCCUUAGGCCUCUGCUAGGGCUGAGGGCUAGAACCUUGGUUGAAGCA